AUGUCGACAAAUCCAUCGGGGAAUCAACCGCCAUACCCUAAUCAGCAACCAACGACUCAAUAUCCCCCUGCCAUGUUCAACUAUGGCUCUUCUGCCGUUGGCUACCCUCCGCCUUCUAACCAAGCUGCUUAUCCCCCGCCGGUUGAAACAGUGCCUUACAAUGCACCUUACCCUGCUACAGCUCCUCCACCGUCUUAUGAAUCGGCUGUCGGUGAUGGAAAAUCAGAGAAAGCGCCCGGGAAUUUCUCGUAUCAAUCGCAACCAUUUCCAGCAGCUCCAAUGACAAGCUAUCCGACUUACCCUUCAUCGUACCCUGACGUAGAAUAUGGGCAAACAGAUGAAUCGCACUUCUCUGAGAUCAUCAGUUUUAAUGACAAAUCCGUAAGGCUUGGUAAGGUUUAUUUACUUAUUUCUUUUUUAUGACCGAUAUCUCUAACAGUAUUUCGUUCAACCGAACCACGUCUCAGCUUCUAAAUAUUACUCAUAACGUCAUGUAUUGUUACAGUACUCGAAAGUGAAAUUUGUGCUCUAGUUUCCCCUCAGUUAAUUUGGAUUUCAUCUUAUCAUAAAGAGUAUACAUGACUGUCGUUUCAAAAUUUGCCAUUCAUUCUUUGGUUUAAAAUACGAUUUGUUGCAAAACAUCGGUCAAAAUAUAAUGUAAACAAGCUUAUAUCAGAGGCACAUGAGGCAAUAUUAAUAUAUUGCUGUCGAUUUAAAUUUGGUGAUGUAGUUCAUUGUUUUUUGUUCCUAUCAUUUUAGUAAAAUUGUCGAUUUCAGAAUUAUGAAUUGAUUAAUUCACAUCAUGUACCCGAUGUUCAUGUAGAUGUGUAGGAAUAACUCCCAGAAUAUUGGACAAUUGGCAUGUUACAGUAAUUUAUUACUAGCAUAGUCAUGUGUUUAGUCGUGUGGCGAAAAAAUUGUCGUACAUAAUUCUUAUAUUGAUUGGCAUAAUAAAGUUUAACUUGUUAUCAUUUAUAUUUAAUUUGUUAGAAAUCAAGUUACAAUUAAAACUAGUAUAACUGAAGCUAGUUUCAGUUGAGUCCAUUAUAAUUAGGGCAACACCAUACCAAUUGGCAAACACGUGUUCUGAUGUAGAUUAGUUUUUGAGUUAACCCUUUACCUCCCAUGAGUGACUAAGAGAGAAUUUCUCCUUACAAUAUCAAUAAAAUAUCAAGCUUAAAAGUGAUGAGAAUAAAGUAAAAUAUCAAUGAAGGGAUUAUUAAUUGAUCCAAUACCAAAUUCUCCAAAUUUACAUCAUAAGAAAUGUAUGACAGACAGUAAGGAGAAUUGCUAAUGAGAUCUUGGGAGUUAAAGGGUUAAUGAUAAUAUUAUUAGAUCUAGAAUUACUUAGCACAAAGAAUAUGCUUGAAGAAAAUGGCCCAGUAGGUAAAAAGUUAUUGUGGGAUGUAUUUGGGAAUAAAUGAAAACUUUCCGACAAAAAUUGUAAUAAAUGAAUAUUUCUUGAAUAGAAUUAAUAUUAUAAUAACUGAAGUCAUAGAAUUGACAUUGUUUUAACUUAAGCAUAGUGAAUGUACUCCUUUUAUAGCAAUUAUAUCCUCAUAUUUUUAAUACUAAGAUAAGUCUUGUGUAUUAAUUAAAAUUUUUUUCUUUCACUGGAUAUGGCUUGUGUCAUGCACAGGAUUUAUCAGACGGGUGAGUACACACACAGUUCACUAUUUUUUAGCAGCUCAUAAGUUGUAGCAUCUCCCAUUAUUGGAAAUUUUGAAAAUUUUCAGACAAAAUGCCCAUGAAUUUGGUAACAACAUGUAUAAGAAAGUGUAUGUGAUUUAUAAAAACUUGCAAAGACUGUAAGCUAUCAAGUGGUUUAUAGGGAGAGUUAAAAUUGUGUCAAGUGCAUCAUUCAUGUCUGCUACUGUUUUGAAUUAUUGUUGUACCUCUAAAAAUUCCAGACUUAAAAUGAAACAUUUUCUAACUAUAGUCCCAUUAUUGUAAAGGAAAAUUCAGAGGGUGAUGGACAAUUUUAAUAACUACACAAGACACUCUAACCUGUGAGUGAAAGGACCAAGGGCUACUGUGAUGACCAGCAUCUAAUUUCUCCCAAAAAUACCAUCCCUGAGUCAAACAUUAAGGUCACAAGAAUAAAGGAAAUGAUCAUCAACUAAAGAAACUCUUGAUUGUUAUACAAAUUCUCCUUGUCAGCAAUCAGGAAAUGUACAGAGAACUGUAUGGAGAAUAUUCAUACAGAUAUUAGGGUGUAAUGGGUUAAAAAAAUAGGAGAUCAAAUUUGAAUGUGAUUUUGGAUUUUAAAUUGUAAAAUUGAUCUUUUUUUUUUCUUUGACAGGUUUUUGCUGUGCUUAUGCUGCAACUAGCAACAACUGUUGGAGCAAUUUGUUUGUUCAUAUUCAAGUAAGAAUUUUUCUUUUUUAUGUUGUGGAUCUCAGAUCAUUCAAAUUAUACACUUUUAAUAACACAUUACAAAGAGUUGAAAAAUUCAAAUUACCAGAAAUUAAAAAUGUAUCGUCAUUAAACAUUUUCACUACAUGUAGUAUAAUUAACAAUUUUAGAACUGAAUAUGAACUCCUAUGACAGUUUUUCACUCAACAUGGUUAGUCUGGGCUAUUAAAAUCUUUAAUAUUAAGAUUUCAUCAGGAAAUUUCUCCAUUAUUCUCUGCCAUACAAUUCUUAUGAUAUUUCUUUGGAGAAAUUAUUAUUGAAUCAACUUCCAGUAUAUAAGCCCCUUAGUGAUAAUUGUCUUCAGUUGGUCACUCAUGGGAGUUGAAGGGUUUAAAACUGGAUUAAAGAUUUAUGAUUAAUCAAUUUUUUUUUGUGUGGAACAAGAAUAUUAUCUCAGAGGCAAAGCAGUGAACCUUGGCAAUAAUUUAAAGUGUUAUCUUGUCAGAUACAAAUAGAAACUUGAAUUUUGCUAGACACUAUAUCAAAUAUGUGGGAUUCCUGUCAUCAUUUCACAUGUUUGCAAUGAAUAAACAGCUACAGAAUUUCUUAUGCAAACAUUGUUGCUCUCUUUUGCAGUGAGAAUGUUAAAUUUUUUGCACAAAAUAACUGGGCCAUGUAUAUUUCUGCAUAGUAAGUAAAUGUAUUUUAAUUAACCACCUUUGUGUGAAUGUUUCAAGUAUAUUCUCAAUAUUGUUGCUUAAAAACAUGCAAAGUAAAAUAUGGUUUGAUGCUACUCUGGUUUACAGAUUUAGUAAAUGUAACUGAAGAAGUUACAAUUCAUAGACCCAAUGUUUUGACACUCCUGUCUAGUGCCUUCAUCAGGGGCGAUCUAACACUGCAACAAAAAGGUCAUUUUAUACAAACAUCAGUUUGGUACACGUUUGAAAGAGCAUCAAAAAGCAGUUUUCUUUCACAAAAAAGAAAAUUCAGCUUUAUUGGAGCACACAUGCUUAACUAACCAUACAAUUGGGUGGGAUAAGUCUAAAAUUAUCACCACUAAUUGGUGUUAACACAAGCACCUUUGUUUGGAAACUUUGCAUAUUAACUCUACCCAUGCUCAUUUAAAUCGUGAUGAUGUUGGCUUACUUCCUGAUGCCUAUUUACACCUUGUCAGAAAAAAGGCAGCUAAUUAGUGAUUGUAUAAAAGGACCUCUUGUUGCAGCAUUUAGAUCACCCUCCGUGAAAGGACUAGAGAGGAGUGUCAAAACAUUGGGUCUAUGAACUAUAACUUCUUCGGUUACAUUCAUCAAAUCUUUAAACCAGAGUAGCAUUAAACCAUGUCUGAUUGUCCACCUGGUUGCCAUGUGAACUUUAAUAUAAAGUAAAAUCAAAUAUCAAAUGAAAGCAAACUCUCAUCUUGAAUUCCAACUGACUUUUCUGUUUGGUUUCAUUUCAGUGUGGUGUUCUUUGUGUUGUAUUUUGUCUUGGUAUGUUGUGAGGGAGUGAGGUGAGUUUAAGAAAAUUGGUAGUUUUAAGUACUGUUCUGCUUAAAACAUUUAUAUAGUCAUGUUGUUAAGCUUAUGUAUAUAAAUAUAUAUCACAGUUUUGCUGUUUUUUUUCUGUCUGUUAGGAGGAGCUAUCCAGCCAAUGUUAUUAUGCUUUCUCUCUUUGUAAGUAUGAUAAAGUAAUGAAAAAAAAAAUCAAGAAAUUGCCCCUUGUUUGAGAUACAAGAGUUAACAGAGAGUUAUUUUCACUAAUUGGACAUCAAUUAAUUUACAUUAUGAUAUUAAAUGUUUUCUUUUCUUCCAGACAUUAUCUUUGUCUUACCUUGUCGCAGUGAUUUCCAGGUAGGAAAUUUCAACUUUGAUUCAAGAAUAAAAUUGAGUUUACAAAUCUGAAAUUUUCCAAUAUUUGUGAUAUUUUAUGACUUUGCAUUCAAUUUUUGCUCUUCUUGUGAAAAUGUUAGGCAAAUAAUACAUACAAUUUUGAGGAUUCUGAUCUUAGGUAUUACACCGAUUCACAGUUCCUAAGCUCCAUCUCAUUUAACCCUUUAACUCUCAUGAGUGAUCUAGAUAGAAUUUCUCCUUACAAUAUCAAUACAAGAUCAAUCAGAUAAGUAAUGAGAAUAAAGAAAAAUAUCACGUUGGUGAUAAUUAGUUGAUCCAAUGCUAAUUUCUCUGAACUAACAUUAUAAGAAUUGACUGACUGUACAGUUGAUAGUAAGGAGAAUGACAAAUUUGAUCUGGGAGUGAAAGGGUUAACAUUACACAAUAAAGAUAUUGAAUUAUUGGGUUAUUUUUUUACUAGUUUACAGUGUUUUUUUAAUCUAUGACCUUCAAAUAAAAAAUACGUUAAUUUGAUCUGAUUAAAUUUGAUGAUAUAAUAGUUCCAAUGAAAAUGUUUUGUAUUAAACUUGGGUUCCCAGAAAUGUGGGAUGAAAGAGUUAAAUCCACAAAUAGAAUAUAUUAAUUUUGAAGUUAUUAACAAUGCUGGUCAAGUUGCUUGAAUUGAAUACCCCCUCAUGGUACCUUUGAGCCUCAGUUUCAGUAAAGAAUAAGUUUUAGUAGAUGUAAUUAUAGUUCUACUUGUUAAUCAAUCUUGUACAAAAAUUAUUGAUUAUCAUUUGUGUUACUUGUCAAACCUACAGCUUCCACGAGACCAACAUUGUGUUAAUCAUGAUGGGAGUGACCACUGUAAGUUAUUUUGGAUGCCACAUUUAAUUAACAAAAUUUGCAGAUUAUCCUUACAAAUACCAGGGAACUGAAAGACAAAGUCUUUGAGACUUUCAAAUGAAUGCAUUGGAGAGUCAAUGCCAGUCUGUCUAGGAUAACAUGAAUCCAAGUAAUGCUCCCUCAUGGAUAGGUUGCUGGUUUAGUCCCCUGUAGACAACCCCCCCCCCCUCCCCCUCCCCUUAAUCCUUUAUCACAUAAGAGUGACUAGUGUCUAAUUUCUCCCUACAAUAUCUGACCUGAAUCACAUAGUAAGGUCACAAGAAUUAAGGGAAUGAUCAUCAACUAAUUUCUCCCCACAAUAUCUGACCUGAAUCACACAGUAAGGUCACAAGAAUUAAGGGAAUGAUCAUCAACUAAAGAAGCUCUUGAUUGUUAAACAAAUUCUCCUCGUUAGCACCUUGGGAAAUUUAUAGGAAACAGUGUAGAGAAAAUGCACAAUGGUGACAGGGUGUAAAAAAGAAAUGGUUAAUAAAAGUUCAUAGGGAGGAGAGAGGCAUUGUGAGUGCUCAGAGUCUUGUUAACGAAUGCAAAGAAUGACCCACUCGGGACCUUCCCACCAAAAGGUUCUUAAGAUGCCCAUACAGUUUGUUAAUAUGGGUCUGAGAGAGCCACUGUGGGAACUGAAAGUCUUUUCCCAAGAACCCACAAUCAGGGUAACUUGAGAGGACUUCUUUGUUGGUCUGGUCUGGUCUCCUCCUCCAACAAAGAAGUCCUCUCAAGUGGCUAUCAGAAAAAAAAGUUAAUUUCAUGCCCUGAAGCAGUGUGAGAGCUAAAAUGGUUUUGCCCAAGAACACAACCCAAUAAUGCAGCCUUGCCUCUGAAGGCCAACUCCUUGUUCCAGAGUCCACCAUUGUUUCAAGUAUACCUUAAAGCAUAUACUCAGAUGUACAAUGUAAUUAAUGAAAUUAUUUCUUAGAGCUGACACUUUUUUUUUCAGCUGGUCUGUGCUUCUGUUAUGAUCUUUGCCUGUCAGACCAAGGUAAGUCUUGCUGUCAAUUAACAUUUUUGUUAACUUUUUCACAGAUGAUAGUAAAUUUUGCAAUUUCAGCAUGCAAUUACACAACUACAAUACUAAGAGAAACCCUAAUUUAGGGCUCUAACAUGUAAUUAUGUUAAUAGUUUUUUUGAAUGUUACACCAUGUCUUUGGCUUUUUCUCCUUUAAUCAUUCUUAAAUAAGCCAUGGAGUCUUGUUUGUUUGUUGUGAAUUAUUUUUUACUAAACGAGAUGAACCAAGAUCAUUUUGUUGACCAGAACCAAGGGCAACAUGUUUUAAAGUUUAACAUGAAUGUUGAGAAUAUAAUCUAGGCAAAAAUUCCACAUUUAUGGUUUUUUUAAAUUUUUUCCAUAGUAUGACUUCACCACAUGGGGUGGAGUGCUUUUCUGUGCAGCUCUAGCCAUUUUCUUCCUCAGUAUCUUCACUCCCCUUUGGUUGGCACUUUCAACAACGGUAUGUGUGAUCAUGCAUCCAAGGGUGUUGUUAGGAGAGGUCCUUGGGUGUGCAUGACCCCUCCCUCCCCUCCCUUCCCCUUGUAAGCCUUUUUUAGUCACACUAAAUAAAACACGGCAUGAAGUUAGAAAUGACAACUUGGUGAGUACCCUCUGUUUGACACAAUGUGACCCCCCUUUAGAAAAAUCCUGGUUAUGCUCGUGAUGUACAUGCAUCUUCAGUUGCUAGUCCAGGCAACCACCAAUGGACUGUUUAAAUUUGAUCCUAGUACAGGAUUAACUACAUUUUGUUUUUGUUUUUUUUUAAGUAUAAACCAAUAAAGUAUUAUUAUUUUUAUUUUUAUUUUUAUCAUUACAAUUUUCAGGAGCUAGAUGUUGUUGAAAAGUAGACAGGAUUGACUUUUGCCAAUAUUGUUUUAAGAUUAAAUGUAAUUACAUGUACAGUUGUACUCACAGUAUAUGUAUUUUAAGAUAAUUUUUGUUGCUUUAUUGAAUAACAGGCUGGAAAGAUUGUCAUUGGUGGCUUAUUGGCACUGGUCUUCGUUGCAGUAAGUAAAAUGUUCUCAGUUAUGACGUUAACAAUUUUUUUUAAUCAACUGAAAUGAGUUUUAAAUAAUUAUAAUUUUAAGUAUGACAACCUUAUUCAUAUAUUUUGGCAAUGAAAUUAACUUCUACCAAUUGACAAUAGAAGUAAACAGUGUUUAUUUGGAGGAAUGCUAAGGGUACUUGGCUGUUUUAGUGCAAAAGAUUUUUUGUCUUUAUACCGUAACAGAAGGAAAAACAUUGUAUAUAAAGGAAUUUUGUGUGGUACUUCAGAAUAAAAAAGGUACAAUAACCAUGAAAAAAACUGAAAUCUUAACCCUGAUCUCUAAGAGUGCCUAGCGCCAAAGUAUUUCUUACAGUCUCACCCAGAAUCACAUUAAAAUUAUAAGUUCAUGAGAACAAAGGAAAUGAUCACCAACUGAACGAGCUUUUGGUUGUUGAAUAAAUUCUCCUUGUCAGCACUUUAGGAAAUGUAGAGGAAACAGCAUGGAGAAUAUGCACACUGAUGUUAGGGUGUAAAGGGUUAACCAUUCAAUACUUGUCUGUCAAUAGUUCCUUGCCUAUGACGUGCAACUGGUGAUGGGUGGCAAGAAGUACGAGUUGAGUCCAGAGGAGUACAUCUUUGCAUCCUUGAUUCUGUACAUGGAUAUCAUUCGCAUCUUCUUGUUGCUUCUGGCAAUAUUUGGUCGUGGAAGCAACUAAACAAUGUCAGCAGUAUCUAACUAUACUUAGGGUGUGCCCAAAACACUUUAUAAAUGGUAACCCCCCUUAGUCUAAUUGUAGUAAUAUUUUUUUAGCGCAUAUGAUCAUAUGCAACAUGUGUAUUUGUGCUUCAGAAAUAUGAAAUAUUAUUAUUAUUAUGUUAUUAAUAGUAGUAGUAGGAAUGAAUCCCUAAUAAGCAUGCAUAGAUACAUUUUGUAUAUCUACCAGUUAUACAAGAUCUAAUUUUAAGUGAUUUAGUAUGAAUAAUUUUUUUGUGUCUGAUAAUGCCUAAGUUAAGAUUUAAUUAUUAUACAAAGUUAUCAUGAACCCCAGUGGCUAAUGAAGUUAGAGAUAUCCAAGGUACUGUAGGGGAACUAUGCAAUAAUCUAAGUAAGUUGUUUAUCAGGAAAUACUCAGGAUUUGUAGCAGAAGAAUAUUGUAAAGUUCUGGAAGAAUUUUCUCCACUUCCCUUUUUAAAGGAAACUUCCUAUGGUAGAACAAGUUGCCCUAAAAAUGAUGAAAGUGACUUGUAUUAUAAAGAGAUCAUGAACAAAUACAGGCAGUUUUAUUUCUUGAAUUUCCUGGAAGGCACCAUCUUGGCCCACAUGAUGAACAGUUGCCACUAUUUCCCAGACAAUAGCUCCUUUGUUUGCACGAGUCCUUAGAGGACAGAUAUCAGAUACUACUAUAUGAUUCACCUAAGCAACACAUGUAGAGUUACAGUUUGAAACAGCUAAUACCUGUUUUGCAUUUUUUUCACUCCAGUUCACUUCCUAUUUACAGCCAAACAUUUUAAUAUAAAAUAUUACUUUUGGUAAUUUAAUGACUAUUUGUUUUUGUUCCACAAGUGGAGGUUCCUUCCAAAAGAGCCCUGGGCAAAAUGUGAAAUUCAACCAAAGAAUCCUGUGCUUAAGGAGGAGACAUAUUUAAUCUCUGCUGUCCAACAACAUCCUAAGUAUGAGUUGAUCAAUUGGAAGCUUCAAUAUCCCCCCUUGGAAGGAUAUUGAACUCCUGGGGGGGGGGAGAGAGAGAGGAGGGACAACACUUGGCACAUCUAUUAUAAAGAUGGAACUUGUAUGUUAAU